CCCCGCCUCGCGCCCGGCCGGGCUCCGUCACAAGGCCCCGCUGCGUCUUCCCAGCCGCAGGCGCAGGCCCAGCCAAGUCGGCUGCGGAGCGGUUGCGGGUUUGGGUGCGGGCGCAGCGGCCAUCGACCGCGCGGCCGCGCAGCGGACACUGUGCGCACUGUCCUGAGACGCCCCGCGAGUGGCACCCCGGCAGCCGAUCCAGGCCUGCUGUCCCCACCCCGGGAGCGAGGGACCGACGGGCCUGCUCCCCGAGAGGGGUCAGGGCCCUCGCCGUUCACAGAUGGCCUGAGGAUAUCCUGGGAUAGAAAUAGCCGCCGGCUCUGGCCCCUCAAAGCGGCUUAAGGAGAGGGAUGCUAAGGGGAGCGUCCGGGCACACCCCACACCUCCCGACCGCACCCCCAGCCCCGACCCGGCGACUGCGACCGGGAGAGCCCAGAUUGGGGGAGACCACAGAACCCGAGGCCAUGCCUCACGAGAAGAGUUUCUUGGUGUCUGGGGACAGCUAUCCUCCCCCCAAUCCUGGAUAUCCUGGGGGGCCCCAGCCCUCCAUGCCCCCCUACCCUGGGGCCUCUUACCCACAACCCCCGUUCCAGCCUUCCCCAUAUGGCCAGCCAGGGUAUCCCCAAGGCCCAAGUUCCUACCCCCAAGGGGGUUACCCUCAGGGCCCCUACCCCCAAGGGGGCUACCCCCAGGGCCCCUACCCGCAAGGGGGCUACCCCCAGGGCCCCUACCCGCAAGGGGGCUACCCCCAGGGGCCAUAUCCACAGAGCCCCUUUCCACCCAACCCCUAUGGACAGCCACAGACCUUCCCAGCCCAGGACCCCGGCUCACCUCAGCAUGGGAACUAUCAUGAGGAGGGACCCCCGUCCUACUAUGACAACCAGGACUUCCCUGCCACCAACUGGGAUGACAAAAGCAUCCGCCAGGCCUUCAUCCGGAAGGUGUUCCUGGUGCUGACCCUGCAGCUGUCCGUGACUCUGUCCACUGUGGCUGUGUUCACUUUCGUCACGGAGGUGAAGGGAUUCGUCCGGGAGAACGUCUGGACGUACUACGUUUCCUAUGCCGUCUUCUUCAUCUCCCUCAUUGUUCUCAGCUGCUGUGGGGACUUCCGGCGAAAGCACCCCUGGAACCUUGUUGCACUGUCAAUCCUGACCGUCAGCCUGUCCUACAUGGUGGGCAUGAUCGCCAGCUUCUAUGACACCGAGGCGGUCAUCAUGGCUGUGGGCAUCACCACGACCGUCUGCUUCACAGUGGUCAUCUUCUCCAUGCAGACCCGCUACGACUUCACGUCAUGCAUGGGCGUGCUCCUGGUGAGCAUGGUGGUGCUGGUCGUCUUCGCCAUCCUCUGCAUCAUCAUCCGCAACCGCAUCCUGGAGAUCGUGUACGCCUCGCUGGGAGCGCUGCUCUUCACCUGCUUCCUGGCAGUGGACACCCAGCUGCUGCUGGGGAACAAGCAGCUGUCGCUGAGCCCAGAGGAGUAUGUGUUCGCUGCACUGAACCUGUACACAGACAUCAUCAACAUUUUCCUGUACAUUCUCACCAUCAUCGGCCGCGCCAAGGAGUAGCCUGAGCCCUGGCUCGCGCGGGGCCCCACGCAGGUGGCGUGGCUGGCGUGGCAGUGCCAUCUGGACCCCCCCUCCCUCUCCCUGGGUGCAUCCUGGGACAGAGGAAGCCCCUCUCUGCCCUUCCUGUGUGUACACUGCAGAUACUUCUGUUUAGACCCGCUGUGGCCAGCAUGGCCCCUUCAAGUCCUCCCACCCUGCCAAAGGGCAGCGAGGCUGCGCUUCUGUGCCACCUCCUGCCCACUCACUGUUGCAUGAGCCCUGUCUGCCAGCCCACCCCAGGGAGCAACACCAAGCCCCAGGGGACAGGGGUCGAGCCAAGAGGUGAGGGUGCACGUCUCCCUUUCUGUCCCAGCUCCCCGCCUGGCACAAAGUAUCCCCUUCCCCUUCUCACACCCACCCUGGAGUGCUGCCCUCUGGGGGCCCUGAGGGGUGAGGGUCUCGUCCCUGUGCUGAGCCCUGAGGAUGGAGAGGAUGGGACAUUUUGGGGGCGAAGGAUGUCGUCCUCUCACCCUGCUGUCUUUAAAAUCCCAAUAAACGGGGCCCUCUGCUCUCUGUGCUCU